UCCUGUCUUUCCUCUGCCACAGGAACGCAUUAUACAAUGACAAAUGGAGGAAGUAUCAACAGUUCAACACAUUUACUCGAUCUUCUGGAUGAACCGAUUCCUGGAGUAGGAACAUACGAUGACUUCCACACCAUCGACUGGGUUCGAGAGAAGUGCAAGGACAGAGAAAGACAUAGACGGAUUAACAGCAAGAAGAAAGAAUCAGCAUGGGAGAUGACAAAAAGUUUGUACGAUGCAUGGUCAGGAUGGCUAGUAGUCACACUAACUGGUUUGGCAUCAGGGGCAUUGGCAGGAUUAAUUGACAUUGCUGCUGACUGGAUGACUGACUUAAAGGAAGGCAUUUGCCUGAGUGCUUUGUGGUUUAACCAUGAACAGUGUUGUUGGGGUUCAAAUGAGACCACGUUUGAAGAGAGGGAUAAAUGUCCACAGUGGAAAACAUGGGCCGAACUAAUAAUUGGGCAAGCAGAAGGUCCAGGUUCAUACAUAAUGAACUACAUAAUGUACAUUUUCUGGGCUUUGAGCUUUGCCUUCUUAGCAGUUUCUCUGGUGAAGGUAUUUGCUCCCUAUGCCUGUGGCUCGGGCAUACCUGAGAUAAAAACUAUUUUGAGUGGCUUCAUCAUCAGAGGUUACUUGGGGAAGUGGACUUUGAUGAUAAAAACAAUUACUUUAGUCUUGGCUGUUGCAUCAGGUUUGAGUUUAGGAAAAGAGGGUCCCUUGGUACAUGUUGCCUGCUGCUGUGGGAAUAUUUUUUCCUACCUCUUUCCAAAGUACAGCACGAAUGAAGCUAAAAAAAGAGAGGUGUUGUCAGCUGCUUCAGCAGCAGGAGUAUCUGUUGCCUUUGGUGCCCCAAUCGGUGGAGUUCUUUUCAGUCUGGAGGAGGUCAGUUACUAUUUCCCACUGAAAACUUUAUGGAGAUCGUUUUUUGCUGCUUUAGUAGCUGCAUUUGUUUUAAGGUCCAUCAAUCCUUUUGGUAAUAGCCGCCUAGUUCUUUUUUAUGUGGAAUAUCACACUCCUUGGUACCUUUUUGAACUGCUUCCUUUUAUUCUUUUGGGAGUAUUUGGUGGGCUCUGGGGAGCGUUUUUCAUCCGAGCAAACAUCGCGUGGUGUCGUCGACGCAAAUCUACAAAAUUUGGGAAGUAUCCUGUCCUGGAGGUUAUCAUUGUUGCAGCAAUAACAGCUGUCAUUGCAUUUCCUAAUCCAUAUACAAGGCUGAACACCAGUGAGCUUAUUAAAGAGCUCUUCACAGACUGUGGGCCAUUAGAAUCCUCCUCCCUCUGUGACUACAGAAAUGACAUGAAUGCAAGCAAAAUAGUAGAUGAUAUUCCUGACCGUCCAGCAGGCACUGGAGUCUAUUCAGCUAUAUGGCAGUUGUGUUUAGCACUCAUAUUUAAAAUAAUCAUGACAGUCUUCACCUUUGGUAUCAAGGUUCCAUCAGGGUUAUUCAUACCGAGUAUGGCAAUCGGAGCAAUAGCGGGAAGGAUCGUGGGAAUUGCAGUGGAGCAGCUGGCUUACUACCACCAUGACUGGUUCAUUUUCAAGGAGUGGUGUGAAGUUGGAGCUGACUGUAUCACACCUGGUCUUUAUGCCAUGGUCGGUGCUGCUGCGUGCUUAGGUGGUGUGACAAGGAUGACCGUGUCCCUCGUAGUUAUUGUCUUUGAGCUAACGGGAGGGCUGGAAUAUAUUGUGCCCCUAAUGGCUGCAGUCAUGACCAGUAAGUGGGUAGGAGAUGCCUUUGGUAGGGAAGGCAUCUAUGAGGCACACAUCCGACUGAAUGGAUAUCCUUUCUUGGAUGCAAAGGAAGAAUUUACUCACACAACACUGGCUGCCGAUGUUAUGAGACCUCGAAGAAGCGAUCCACCUUUAGCAGUUCUGACACAGGAUAAUAUGACAGUUGAAGACAUCGAAAACUUGAUCAACGAAACCAGCUAUAACGGUUUUCCUGUUAUUAUGUCAAAAGAAUCCCAGAGACUAGUGGGCUUUGCUCUAAGAAGAGAUUUAACUAUUGCAAUAGAAAGUGCCAGAAAGAAGCAAGAAGGGAUUGUUGGCAGUUCCAGGGUCUGUUUUGCCCAGCAUACCCCAUCGCUUCCAGCAGAAAGCCCUCGACCUUUGAAGCUGAGGAGCAUACUUGAUAUGAGCCCUUUCACCGUGACAGACCACACACCAAUGGAAAUAGUGGUGGAUAUUUUCCGGAAGCUGGGUCUGAGGCAGUGCCUUGUAACACACAACGGGUGA